AUUUAAAUUCUAACAGACUUGGUUGGGCAGGAAAAUGACCAAUGUUUCAGCUGCCACUGUCAAGCACGAAAGGGUUGUCGUCUCAGGAUAUGUAUUUGCAAAGAUCAUUCACGAAGCCUCAAAAUCUGAAAAUGAUACGGAAGGACUUUUAUAUGGCAACAUCACACAAACAACUAGUGACAGGAUCACAGACAAUGAUGCAGAUGGAAAUCACCAUGAAGUAGAAUUUGCCUUGUUUGAUAUCAUCCCUUCAAGCAAGACAUUCAGUUUUUAUGAUCAAGUUGGAAAAAUCUCAUUGGAUCGCAAAAAUAUGCCAAACUCAAAGGCACUGUUAGGCUGGUACAAAGUACGAAGAAAUAGUAGCAGUAGGAUAUCAAUGAGAGAAAAAGCAGUUAUCAAAGGCCUCAUCGAGGAGCUAGAUAUGAUUGAUGGUUUGAUUUUUAUUCUGUUUACCCCUCAAUCUCAAGCCAAUCGAUCAACAACUAGCUUCACAUACAAAUGUUUUUAUUGUCAGAAAGAUACGAAAGCAUCAUUAGGUUUGAAAGUAAACAUUGUUAACCUCGGACACACUGGAACACACCCAGAGUAUCGACAUCGCUCUUGCCUGGUAGAACCACCUCGGUUAAUUGGAAAGGAGGCAAACGAUGACAUGAUGAUAGCCUCAACAUUGCCGCUUAUUUGUGAAUCAUAUGAAAAUGCAUUCGUUCAGGAGGAUGGAACAGUCUAUGAAGUCCAUCAUACUCGAAAAAUGUAUGAAAAAACAAUGGAACUUUUGAAGAAAUUUCAAGAAGAUUUGACUGACAAAGAAAAUGAAAUCGCGGAUUAUGAAAAAGAAAUAUGCAGAUUACGCCAAGUGAUUAGCAGCUCAAAAGUAGACGAGUCUUCAGAGGUGAAAAAUGAAGAAUCCCUUCAAAAUGGCCGCGAUCAGCAAGAUGAUUCAUCUGCGAGACAUGCAUUAUCGAGGCUAAAACUUGAAAAUGAUAUAGAAAUUUUAUCAGACAAUGAUUAGUGAAGCAAGUUAUAAUGCCAUUUUAUCAUGCCGAUUUUAUUUUUCUUCUGCACGAAGACUAUACAUAUUGGAUGUGCUUGGUGGUGAUGUUGCCAAACACAAAGUUUUUGGCAUUGGCCUAACCUCUUGAGUCUUCAAUAGUUGUUAUGACUUGUGUAGUUAUUGUAUUUUUCCAUUGUUUUUUGCUUCCGGUAUCUCAUGAAAUAGCUGCGUAUACCAUCAUGCAGGGACAAUAAGGCUUUAGAUUUCUUUGAGGUAGAGGGCAGUGGCGUAACAGAGACACUCGGGGCCCUUAGGAAUUUACUAAGAUGGGGCCCUUAUUUAGGGACUGUGAAGUGAAGUGAGCUCUACGGGGCAAAGGGGUUCGGGGUAAUGGGAAAAUGUUUAAAACCGUGCCCUUUAGAACCUCGAAAAAUGCACGUGAUGUGGUAAAGAAAAUGUUUACAUAUGAAAAAACCAACAGUAAAUUAGGUGUUCUUGCUCACAACGUGAGCUUUUCUACGUGCAUUAACGUUGGCAAAAUCCUUCAUAAGCUUUGUUUUGUCAAUUUUCUUUGCUUCCUUGUUCUCAAUUGACAAAGUUGCUAGGUCGUCCAGUCUCUCCUGUGACAUUGUAGAUCUUAGAUAUGUCUUUAUCAGUUUCAACUUUGAAAAUGAUCCUUCUGCCGAUGCAACAGUUACUGGCAAAGUGACGAAAAGUGUUAAUAGCUUGUACAUGGUAAAAAAGCACAAAAUACGAAAAAUUUGAUGGGGGCCCCUUUUGGGCCCUUUUUGGUCGGGGGCCCUUAGUUCUCGAACUAAGGUCGCCUAAACUGCGUUACGCCACUGGUAGAGGGUAGAUUUGAUAUCUGUCAUACUGAAAAAGCAUGUCUAGUUUGUGUGGUGUAAUUGAGGUUUUAAAAUAGGUAAUUUUCAAUGCAAAGACACCAGUGCACCUUAACCAACUCACAAAGGGCACGAGGAACAAAAAAUCUCUAUUACCUUAUCAUGCCAGGGACACAAACCCACCCUGCCCUCUUCCUUGAUGUCCAUGCAGGCGUGCAAUAGGUAUUAAAAUGAUUUCAAUAAAACGGGGAUCCCCUGUUUUAUACAGGCAUUUUCAGCCCAGCGAUAGCAAAAAAUGUAUAUCCUGUUUGCCUGGUUACGACGGGUGGAUCGGUACAACAUACUUUCAACUAUUACCCAAAAGAGACCGGUUGGCUAAACCGAGCCAGCUCCGCUGCUCGGUUGAAAAAGUUUUCGUAAAACAACGAAUAAUCAGUUAUUUGAUAUCGUUGGGCAAAGGAGCUGGCUCUGCUACCGAGACGACUCAAGUGCCCUGCUGAAAAAUGGACGUAUGAUUCAAAGACUUACAUAUAUAGCUGUACAUAAACCAUCUUUUUGGAUGCUGCCUUUACUUUUGUUUAAUUCAGUGUAUAGCGGCGAGUUUAUAUGUAGUGUAUACCCUUUAUUACUUGUAAAGUUUGUUCAGACACAAUACAUUGCGGAUGAUCAUAUACGCAUAUGUGUAUGCUGGAUGUUAACAGAAAUGUAGGUCAUUGAAAUUCAAUUGUUGUACGUUCACUAUGUUUUCAAGGUUUAUGAAUCUAAUUGUCAAUUUAUUCAAGACAUGUACAUUUAAAUUCAUUAUAACCAUAGUUAGUGAUUAUAACAUAUUAUCUUGACAUGAAAUAAUUAUACGGAAAA